UUCCUAUUCAGAUUAUAGUGCCUAAUUUGAGAAUAUCCAUAAUUCACCACUAAUACCUUUAAUAAUGGUACAUAAUGCAUGAGCCUAUUGUUGUCAGUUAGGUAAAGAGGGGAGGAUUGGAGAGUAGUGAUUUUAUUUUUAAUCCGGGUCCCGCAAAAAGUAGCAAAAACCCCUUUUGCUGGCGUCACUUAAAAUCUUUCUCGGAGCCUUUAUUUAUUUUGUUUCUAUUUUUCCCCCUGCCUUCUCUAGUCACGCCAAAAAAUGCUACUUUCCUCCUCUCUCCACCUCCUUUUGUUCAUCCCCCACCUCCACUCCCCUUUCUUCCAGGCCCUAAUGUGGGUGGAACUUUUAUAGAGUCAUAUUGGGUGCGCUGUUCAUACCACAUAAAGGGCGGUGGGGUUUUCUUUAUCUUUAUUUAUAAUCUACAGAGGGAAUUAAAAACCAAAGUUAACCUGGUAAGGCUGUGAUGUAAAUGGAAUAUAGCCAAUGUUGUGUAUUAAAAUGUGUGUGUGUCUGUGUGUGUAAUCAUCAUCAUCAUCAUCAUAAAUUAGGGCUAUAGGCCGCAGACCAGAGAGAGGUCAGCCUGAUGUGUGAUUUAUGUUCCAGGAAUGUUGUCACGAGAAGGAUAGAGGUGCGGGAGGAACAUUUGAUUUGAGAUUAAUAUCAUCAACAGAGAGAACGGAAACAAGAUUAUUAAAGCGAGGGAAUGUUUCCCAAAACGAAAAUAAUUUUAAAUGAGAUUUCCCACCCCCCCCCCUUCUUUCUGAAUCAAAUCGUGUCAAGGUUUCAGUGAUAAAUCUCCGACUAGUUUUAAAGAGGUUUAAACUGGUGUCGUUAAUCCUUUUAUCGAAUAACUUUUGUGUAAAUGUUACCUACAUAUAACAUAAAACAUCUACUUUUUUUUUAUGGGGAUCAUUCAAGACAGUGAGCAAAUUGGCUACAUAGGAAAAGAUGUGCUGUAAAUAUUUAAGCUUUUGUUGUCUUCCAGUAAAAUCGUCUGGAGGUUUCCACAAGGUUUUCAUACCGCCUUACCUAAUUAACUCGAUACAUUUCAUUUUUAAAAUGCACUUAACCCGGAAUUACCAACCGCCUUUAACUAAAAACAAUAAAAGGAGGUAAAUGAUGGAUUGCAAAACAGCUCACUUUUUUAUUAGUAUUUAUUUAAAACCAAAAUUCACCAACAGGAAAAAAUACGUUUGCAUUUCACUACAACUAAUUUCUACUGAUAACUAUUCUAAUGCAAAGCUUGAAUAGACACAACUGAUAAAUAAUUUCCUUCAAAGACGGUUUCCAACGAGCAAGUGGUAUCCAAAUGUUUGAGACCCAUAGAAAUGAGAAAUGCUAGACAUUUACAAGUGAGCUAAUACUAAAAUAUCUGAAAGGGCCAUGAUGAGAUUGCAAGAAUUGUCUUGAAACUGCUUCAUUUAUGAGUCCAGCUAUUUUUAAAAAAUACUUAUUUGAAUGUCUGCAUGAUACAAAUCCUUCAUCUUGAUGAUACUUGUGUGUGUGUGUGUGCGUAUAUACACACACACACACAUAUAAAACAACUUUUGGAAAAUGCUAAAAACUUUGAUGAAAUGUCUCCUUUAGUUACAUUGUUGAGAAAAUGCCUCAGAUAGAGCAAUGGAUUUUUUUUUAUUUAAUUUUUGUCCAUUAGAAACGUUUUACCACCAUUACCACUAGAAGAGUUCUCUGUGUAAUAAGUCCGAUUUCCCAUACCUUUGUGAUGGAAGUUUUAUCACUUUUCUGUUUUACAGUUCUCUUUCUUUCUCAAACCGCUGCGCUGUCUCAUUUGUGCUGGACCAGACAACGGAGAAUUGGUCAACUUCCAAUAGACAACUGGAAACGGAUUGUCACGUGACCUUGGGGUGCCAAUGUUCUUCCAUAAGGGUCUCAAGACCCUGGUAGUCGGUAAAAAUAUUUUUUGGGAAUCCCAGAGAUGCAGAAAACAACAUACUACGACAGUUCGACGCUGUUUGGAGGUUAUUCCUAUCAGGGUGCUAAUGGGUUUGGUUAUGAUGGCCCUCAACAGCCUUUCCAGCCUUCUUCUCACAUGGAGAAUGACUACCAGAGGUCUGCCUGCUCCCUCCAAUCUCUUGGCAACACUGCCCCACAUGCAAAAAGUAAAGACCUGAAUGGAAGCUGCAUGCGUCCGAGUUUGCCCCGGGAGAAUCAUCAAGCCCCACCUGUCUCACCACCCCCAAACUCUGUCACCAACAGCAACAGUAGCAACAGCAAUAGCCAGUCAGGGAGCAGUAAAACUGCCCCCAGCAAAUCAAAUCUCAGUUCAAACGCAACUCUCACCAAACAGAUUUUCCCCUGGAUGAAAGAAUCGAGACAAAACUCCAAACAGAAAAACAGUUCCCCUACCACAGAAAACUGCAGCGGCGAGAGAAGCCCUCCGGGGUCUUCUGCCUCCAAACGAGCCCGUACUGCCUACACGAGUGCGCAGCUGGUGGAGCUGGAGAAGGAGUUCCACUUCAACCGCUACCUUUGCAGGCCCCGCCGGGUGGAGAUGGCCAAUCUGCUCAACCUCAGCGAAAGGCAGAUCAAGAUAUGGUUCCAGAACCGGAGGAUGAAGUAUAAAAAAGAUCAGAAGUCGAAAGGCAUGGGGUCUUCUUCCGGGGGGCCCUCCCCAACUGGCAGCCCGCCCCAGCCCAUGCAAUCCUCAGCAGGAUUUAUGAAUGCCUUGCACACCAUGACUAAUAACUACGAUGACCCAUCGCCUCCUUCCUUCAAUAAGCCCCACCAGAAUGCCUAUGCCAUGUCAACUAACUACCAAAACCCCAUCAAAGGGUGCCCUUCCCAACAGAAGUACGCCAACACUGCGCCGGAGUACGACCCCCACAUAUUACAGGGCAAUGGGAGCACAUAUGGGACUCCCAAUAUGCAAGGCAGCCCUGUAUACGUUGGAAGCAGCUAUGUGGAUUCUAUGCCUGCUUCGGGCCCCUCCCUUUACGGCCUCAAUCACCUGCCACACCACCAGUCUGCCAGCAUGGACUACAACGGGGCUCCACAGAUGCCAACCAGCCAGCACCAUGGACCAUGUGAGACCCACCCAACCUACACAGAUCUUUCCACGCACCACGCCUCUUCUCAGGGCCGAAUCCAAGAGGCGCCCAAACUCACGCACCUGUGAUAGGGUGAGGGCAGGGUGGGUUGUGGGAGAGCAGGACAGACUCGUGAAGAAGUUGUGGAGCACUGAAGUGAGGUAGUGAAUCCGCAGUGGGAUUUGGUUCAGAAACAUUUGUGUUGGGCCCUUAAGAUAUUUGUUUGGUGGCCUGUCCUGUUAGCCCUUCAAGUGGAGAAAUUUCUGGCUUUUCCUGAUGAUUAAUUUAUUUAUUUGCAAGAUGCAGCUCUCAAAUCUAAUCUAAUCUAUCUAUCCCCAUACACACCCCACUAUCUCUCUCUCUCUAUAUCUAUCUAAAGUCUAGACAGAUAUACCUUCUAAUGCUUCAACACAAAUGCUUUUGAAUAUAUAUUUGGGGUAGUUUUAUGGAAAUCUAGCAAAAUACAAAACCAAAAGAACCUGAUAUAUUUAAAGAAGGUACAAAUAAGUACAAUGAGUCCUCUGACAUUGUUAAUGACACAUAUUGUCAACCCACCAAAUCUAUAAAAUUGGCCUAUCAGUAACAGAUACAUUUUUUGAUCUAAACAGAUUCACAGAAAACUGCACCCUCCAAAUCUCCCCCCAAAGAAUAUUACCUUUUUCUUUCCAGUCUAACUCUUGAGAUGAAGAACAUCUUUUUUUGCUGAGUAAUUCCUCCCCUAACCCCAUUAGCUGAAAAUAUACAUAUCUGCCAACAUUUGGAAAUAGAACCUUUCUUCCUCCUCCUCUUCACACAGUCCCCAAAUAGGUUUAAGAGUUGCAAAGGUUCUGGAAAUAAAUUUCUGCAACAAAGCUGAUUUUUAUAUAUAUUUUUUUUUAAAGAGGCCAAAGAGAGGAAGAGAAAGUUGAUAUAUUUAACCUUUGCCUCUUAUGAAGUGAAGUCUCCAUUCGGUUACACUGUUUUUGGUUUAGGGUUCAAUAACAAAAAAGCAAUCUUAAGACUUAGAAAUCCUACAUUUUGUUCCUCCUUCUCUCUUGACUUAACGUGAAAACAGGGUAUUUUUGAACAAACGGUGUGUCCUCCAAAAGAAGCAGAAGUGAAUGGACCUUUGGUAUUUGCUAAUGCUUUCUUGUCUGGACAUCUUUGUUGCACUUAGAGUUUACAUUGAAUGGGUAUAAAACAACUUUGAAGGGCGUUCGUCCACUCAAUCCUGACGUCUUUCAAAAGCUGUGUGUUCUGGUGAACAUUCAUAUAUAUUUAUUGGUUAUAGCCAGUUUAAAAUAUUUUUCCUUUUUUUGUAUUAUUUAUCCCCAACAUCAUGUAUUUAUAUGAGAAAAAGAAUCAAAUUGUACUUUUUUAGUAUUUACUUGUUAUAAAGGACAUUGUGUUUCCUUGUCAUUGUACAACAAGCUUAUUUUAGUUAUUGUAAUUUAGAAAGACCAGUAGUUUUAUGUUACCCUCGUACUUAUGAAUAAUGUAAUUAGUUCUACUGGAGGCAUGAGAGCAGAACCAGACUGUAAUUGUAUAGUCCUGAAUUAGAAGAACUAUAGCUAAUCCCCCAUCCCCGUCACCCCUCCUCUUUGGAGAUCUUUCUUUGUUCCUAUAGUAGUAAUUUUAUUUCCUUGCUUAAGGGUUGUCUGUUGAACAAUUCUUGAAUAAACUUUCUGUUAUCAAUUUGGAUCUUGUCCUAUUAGUCGGAUCUAAAAGCAAAAAUAACAUAAAGACAAAGUAGUCAAAACACAAGUUUAAAUAUCCCAGAGACUAAAGACAGAUAGCUGGAUAGUCUCUCCUCCAUGGCGCACCCUUCAGGUUAUAAUCCUAUUUGUUUUAGAGCGCAGGUUAUAAACCGUUGACACGUUCCUAGACCACAAUAUUUAAUUAAAAAGUUAAUAGCUAGUCUCUGUUUCCCUCACCUCACCCCACCCCACCCAUUCGCCCCUUGGAAGCCUGUUUAAAAUUCUCCCAAGCAGACUAAAGUUCACAGUCCUCUUCUGAGGUUACAAAGAGAGGAGAUCACGUGUCAUCCGAAAGACACAGCCAUUGGGCCUAAAAUGAAAACAAAGGAAAAUGAUUAAUCACAAAAAGGCAAAGAGGAAUUUUAAUACUGAAGUGAAAUUAAAUCACUGGAGAAGCCGAAGAAUAAAACCUUGGUGCUGGGAGAGAGAUGCUGUGAUAGGGUUAAACUGUUAGUGAAAGGUUAAAGUUUUCGAAUAAUUCCUCUCACAAUAACUCUAAUAAAAGCCAAAUUUCUUUGCAACCAGGCGAGACCAAGAAGCCAAAAAAGAGCAACUCAUGGCCUGGUCCAGCAGCGCCCAAUCCAGUUUGGCCCUUUGGCUACAGAAUUCCCCUGGAUGAAAGAGAAGAAAUCAGCCAAGAAAGCUACUCAGACUCCAUCCUCCUCUUCCUCUUCGCCAUCCUCUUCCUCCUUCCCGGGAUCUGCAGCUGGAUCUCCUGCAGGUUUGUACAAUGCAGGGGCGAGGGGGAUGGGGGUGUUUAUUGGGAUUGGAUUCAGACAAUAAACAUGUUGGCAUCAUUUCGCCCCUCACCUGCCCCCCCCCCAUCCAUCCAUCCAUCCAUCCAUCCAUCCAUCCAUCCCUGAAAUGGUGUUACGCAAUAAAAUACAUCGCAGCGAUAUGUAGCCUUAUUUUUGGUGUCCCCCCCCCGUGCAAAUCAAAGAGGGAAUCAUAGCUGGUUCUGCAAUUAUCUUUCCGAGGGAAUAAGCUUACAAGAUUCCGUCUGAAUUGGAAGCCAAAUUCCAACAUGUCAGGGCUCGAUUUUCCUAUUAUUCCCGCAAUUCUAGAAUUUUUCCCCCUCCUUUUUACAGCCUGCGGGGGGGGGGGGGAGAAAAGAGAUUUACUGGCGCUUUUGUGUGUGUGCCUGAGGUGGAGGAGGGGGGACAGAGACCGAAUUUCCCUCAUCGGUAUCGAUUAGGAACAUGCAAAAAAAAAAAAAAAAGAUAAUAAUAGAAGAAGAAGAAAAAGAAGCCAUAGAUAGCAAAAUAAGGCAACAGUCCUUUAAACGUGUUCUCAAUAAAAUAAUCUUCUCCAAAAUAUGGGUUAUAUUUUUUUUUCCUGGGGGCCCACGGGGCAUAACCUUUCUCGGUGUGUUGGGAGGGAGGGAGUGAUUUCUUUCUUUUUUCUUUUUUUCUUUUUAAAAACACCACCAAAACACAUUAUUUCGGUCAAUUAUAACACAACGACAACAUGUGAAACGGGCGGUAUUUUCCGGUGUCGACUGGGUCCUCCCUCCAGGGAACGUUUGGAGUUUCCAAACUGUUGGCAACAAAUGUACAAGGGGGACGAAAUAUCCCCCUUCCAUUGGGGGCGGGAGGGGCAGGGAUAUUUUUUUCCCUUGGGGUGGGAGGAUUGGGGGAGUGAAACGUUUUCUUUGGGGCAGGGGAAGGGAGCAUGAGAAUGAUUUGGGAGGAUGAUAAAUUCCCUUUUCUCCUGUGGCAGCUUAAUUCUGCCCCUUGGUUAGCACCGGGCACCGGUCUGCCCUGCCCUGGAAUGGGAAGCGAAUGGAUGUAGCUCAUUCAUCACGGUGGUUGUUCCAACCCUCUCUCUCUCUUUUUCCCCCCCUCGUCCCCUUGUAAAUGGGCGGUUGUGUGUGUGUGUUGUGAAGACACCCAGGGGCUCCCAGAGGCCAGCGCGGGCGGCUCCCGGCGGCUCCGGACUGCCUACACCAACACCCAGCUCCUGGAGCUGGAGAAGGAAUUCCACUUCAACAAGUACCUGUGCCGGCCCCGGCGGGUGGAGAUCGCGGCGCUGCUGGACCUGACCGAGAGGCAGGUCAAGGUGUGGUUCCAGAACCGCCGGAUGAAACACAAAAGGCAGACCCAGCACCAAGAGCCCUCCGACGGGGACCUCGGCUGCCCCAACCUGGAGGAAUGCAGCGACGAGGCGGACGAGAGCUCCCCGUUUGGCCAAGCCCUGGAGACCCCUUGCCCUUUUCAAACCAAAAACCAGGCGAGCCAGGAGCCGCCCAGCGCUCAGCAGCUGCCCCGGAGCCCCGGCUACCCAACGCCCACCGCAGAGCCAGGGUCCAUAAUGGAGCCGAGCGGGGCAGCGGGCAGCGUGGACAAUGCCUUCCCGGAGAGGCAGGAGUCUCCUUUGUUGCCAGAUCUGAACAUCUUCGCGACAGAUUCCAGCCUCCAGGGCUCCCUGCAGAGCCCCGUCCACUUCUCGGAGGAAGACCUGGACUUUUUUACAAACACAUUGUGUACUAUAGACCUGCAGCAUCUGAAUUUCCAAUAACAAGUCCCACCCGGGUCUAUCUGCCUUGGCUGUGUCGCCCCUUCCACACGCACCUCCACCAGCUCCCCACUUGACACUAGAAUAUUUCUAUAAUGUGGCCAUGUGCUUUCUCAUACCCCUUCUCCCCUCGUCCCCUUUCAAAUUCGUUCUAAUGUGGAAGCUAGAUCAUAAAAAUGGCCCAUCCUUUAAAUAGUUAUUCCGAUAGUCUCAAAUAACAGGAUCCUCCUAUGUGUUUACUAAAUUCAGGUAUUUAAUUAUAGUUUUAUUCUUUCGUAUUUAUUUAAAAGAAAAGAUACACAAGCAACCCCCCCCCCGCCCGUCACAACCCCCACCCCCCGAGAGAAAACAUUUGUAAAUCCUUCAAGUGACUUUCUCAGGAAUCCGAACGAAACUUUUAGAUUUCUUAAUAAAAAUAAAUAAUAAUAAU